AUGGUAGCAGCGAUUUCGCCUCGAAAGCUCGGCAUUGCCGAAGGUUCUGUACUCGGUUCCAAGGAUGGCACUGCACUCGGAUCAGCCGAAGGUAUUGCGGAAGGCGCCGCACUCGGACCGGCCGAUGGAACAGCUGAAGGCAUUGCACUUGGUAUAGCAGAAGGGACCGCACUCGGAUCAGCCGAUGGAGCCGCGCUGGGAACCGCUGAUGGCAUCGCGGACGGAACACCAGAGGGGACCGCCGAUGGAGCUUGGCUUGGAACUGCCGAAGGCAUAGCGCUGGGAACAGCUGAAGGUUGUGCCGAUGGAGCCGCGCUAGGGAUCGCUGAAGGCAUCGCGGACGGAACACCAGAGGGGACCGCCGAUGGAGCUUGGCUUGGAACUGCCGAAGGCAUAGCGCUGGGAACAGCUGAAGGCAUAGCGCUGGGAACAGCUGAAGGUUGUGCCGAUGGAGCCGCGCUGGGAACCGCUGAAGGUUGUGCCGAUGGAGCCGCGCUGGGAACAGCUGAAGGCAUAGCGCUGGGAACAGCUGAAGGUUGUGCCGAUGGAGCCGUGCUAGGAACCGCUGAAGGCAUCGCGGACGGAACACCGGACGGGACCGCCGAUGGAGCUUGGCUGGGAACUGCCGAAGGCAUAGCGCUGGGAACAGCUGAAGGUUGUGCCGAUGGAGCCGCGCUGGGAACCGCUGAAGGUUGUGCCGAUGGAGCCGCGCUGGGAACAGCUGAAGGCAUAGCGCUGGGAACAGCUGAAGGUUGUGCCGAUGGAGCCGUGCUAGGAACCGCUGAAGGCAUCGCGGACGGAACACCGGACGGGACCGCCGAUGGAGCUUGGCUGGGAACUGCCGAAGGCAUAGCGCUGGGAACAGCUGAAGGUUGUGCCGAUGGAGCCGCGCUGGGAACCGCUGAAGGUUGUGCCGAUGGAGCCGCGCUAGGAACCGCUGAAGGCAUCGCGGACGGCACAACCGAUGGGACCGCCGAUGGAGCUUGGCUUGGAACUGCCGAAGGCAUAGCUGAGGGAACAGCUGAAGGUUGUGCCGAAGGCAUCUCGGAAGGAACCGCUGAAGGUUGUGCGGAUGGAGCAGCGCUGGGAACCGCUGAUGGCAUCGCGGACGGCACAACCGACGGGACCGCCGAUGGAGCUUGGCUUGGAACUGCCGAAGGCAUAGCGGACGGCACAACCGACGGGACCGCCGAUGGAGCCUCACUCGGAACUGCCGAAGGCAUAGCGGAGGGAACGACGGAAGGAACAGCCGACGGCAUCGCGGAGGGAACCGCUGAAGGUAGUGCCGAUGGAGCCGCGCUGGGAACUGCUGAAGGCAUCGCAGACGGCACAGCUGACGGGACCGCCGAUGGAGCCUCACUCGGAACUGCCGAAGGCAUAGCUGAGGGAACAGCUGAAGGUUGUGCCGAAGGCAUCUCGGAAGGAACCGCUGAAGGUUGUGCUGACGGAGCCGCGCUGGGAAUCGCUGAAGGCAUCGCGGACGGCACAACCGACGGGACCGCCGAUGGAGCCUCGCUUGGAACUGCCGAAGGCAUAGCGGACGGCACAACCGACGGGACCGCCGAUGGAGCUUCACUCGGAACUGCCGAAGGCAUAGCGGAGGGAACGACGGAAGGAACAGCCGACGGCAUCGCGGAGGGAACCGCUGAAGGUAGUGCCGAUGGAGCCGCGCUGGGAACUGCUGAAGGCAUCGCAGACGGCACAGCUGACGGGACCGCCGAUGGAGCCUCACUCGGAACUGCCGAAGGCAUAGCUGAGGGAACAGCUGAAGGUUGUGCCGAAGGCAUCUCGGAAGGAACCGCUGAAGGUUGUGCUGACGGAGCCGCGCUGGGAAUCGCUGAAGGCAUCGCGGACGGCACAACCGACGGGACCGCCGAUGGAGCCUCGCUUGGAACUGCCGAAGGCAUAGCUGAGGGAACGACGGAAGGAACUGCCGAAGGCAUCGCGGAGGGACCUGUUGAAGGUAAUGCUGACGGAGCCGCGCUGGGAAUCGCUGAAGGCAUCGCGGACGGCACAACCGACGGGACCGCCGAUGGAGCUUCGGACGGAGAUGCCGAAGGGAGCGCACUCGGAACCGCCGACGGUAGGGCGGAAGGAAGCUCCGAUGGCUCUGCAGAUGGGAGCGAGGUCGGAACCUCGGACGGAGAUGCAGAGGGGAGCUCACUCGGAACGGCUGAGGGGACGGCAGAGGGUACAUCCGAAGGGAAUUGCGAAGGAGCCUGCGAAGGAACUUCAGACGGAGCGCUGGAUGGUGGAGCGCUGAUAGUGGGGGACUGUGAUGGAGAGUCCGAUGGAAACGCGGAAGGGAAGUCAGACGGAGCUACAGAAGGAACUUCCGAAGGCACAUCCGAAGGGACUGCUGAUGGUGUCAGUGUUGGGGUUUCAGAAGGAACCCCCGAAGGAAAAUCCGAAAAGACCCCGGUCGGUGUCUGCGAGGGGCUGUCAGAAGCAUUUUGCGAGGGUGAUGUCGAUGGAGACCGCGAUGGCGCCUCGGACUUUUUGCUUUUGGCACUCUUCUUGCUUUGCUUCGAAUUAUCCAUCAUACCCUUUGUACUUUUCGGAUUCGGUACGGUAGGGACACGUGUGGGUAGAACCAGGCUAGGACCCCCCGAAGGCAACACGGGAGGAGCCUGGGUAGGCAUCUCAAUGGGAAUAAUCGUAGGCAGCGUCGAAGGUGCCCCCGAAGGGUUUGCCAAGGAUGGAGAAGGGGUAGGAGCAAGCAGAAGCAUGGUGGGAACGGACGACGGUACGUCCGACUUCUUGCUCUUCGUGCUUUUGGCUCCUCCCUUUCCAUCCUUGCCGCUACUCUUUCCAUCCUUACCGCUACCCUUGCCUUCUCCAUCGCCAGCUUUCUUAUUAUUCGAGGGAGGCAUCGCCUUGCCUCCGUUAUUGGAGACGACGUUGAUGACGCUCGUUAAAACAGGAUGCUUCCUCAGCUGCCGCAUUGCUCCGAUAUCUUCCGCCGACUCUACUGAAGAGCAGCCAGCCGAAACGACACCCAGCAAGGCUAAGGUGGAGAAUCGCAUGAUGCGUGGAUCGAUACAAACGGGAGACUUAGCGAUCAAUGGCGCUCUAAUUUUUGCGUUACCAGUAGUUGCGACUUGA